GGCGUAAGCAAAAGCUGCACGGGGGGGGAGUCUGCCAUGGCGGCCGAGAAGCGGCAGUGGCCGGUGUUGUGAGAGAGCUCUCGCUUCCUGCUGGCUCGAGUCCUUCCUUCUUCGACCACGAUGGCACCGUCGCGUAGCGGCUCGAGUGUCCGCGGCCGCCGCACUAGUGGCCGGCCCGCUGCUUCGUCGAGUAGCGUCGUCGUCUAGAAGAAAAACACAAAACGUGCACCGCCGCCGCCGUGUGAAAUGUGUGUGUGUGUGACUCGGGGGUGAAAAAGCAAGAAAAACACAGCCGACUCUGCUUUCGGGUUCGGAUUCGUAAGCUGCUGCUGCUGCCCUGCGUCGACGGUUCUGCUAUUGCCGGAGACGGCUGCUCUUGCAUGGCCGCUGCUGGUCUAAACUCGGGUCGUGGGACGCGAUGGUGUGGCGGACGGCGGCAUCUGGCGGUGGCCGCCUGAGCAGCGGGAGGCGACGUCAUGGCCGACCAGCGUGUCUCCUUGGUCGGGGCUGCCCAGCUAGCCGGCCAGCUUCGCACAGACCCUGCACGGGUGUUGGUGAUUGACAGCCGGCCCUUUCUGGAAUUCAACACAUGCCACAUCCGAGAUGCCGUCAACGUCUGUUGUUCCAAGAUCAUCAAGCGUCGUCUUCAGCACGACAAGGUGAGCGUGUGUGAGCUGCUGCCCUCUGACGGUCGCCAGCAGCGGGUCGAGCAGGUCGUGGUUUACGACCAGGGGUCGUGGUCCGUCCCCAGCGGCGAGGACUCCUUCCUCGCCGUGCUGCUUGCCAAACUCGCCAGGGCUUUUCCGGGACGUGUGGCUCUGCUUGCAGGUGGACUGCUGGAGUUUUCGAGCCGUCACCGGGUGCUCUGUGAGGAUGGCGGCUCCCGGGGUCCCCUGACGUCCUUGUCGCAGCCGUGCCUGAGCGCCGCAGGGCCGACGAGGAUCCUCCCGUUCCUGUUCCUGGGCUCUCAGCGUGACGCACAGGACCCUGAGCUGCUGGCGGCGCACAACAUCUGCUACGAGCUGAACGUGAGCACUUCGUGUCCCAAGCCGGACUUCAUCCCCGACGCGCACUUCCUGCGCAUCCCGGUCAACGACAGCCACGCCGACAAGCUGCGGCCGCACUUCGCUCGGGCCUGCCGCUUUCUGGACAAGGUGCGCGAAUCAAGUGGAUGCGUGCUGGUGCACUGUCUGGCUGGUGUGUCACGGUCCCCAACGGUGGCGAUUGCAUACGUCAUGCGACACUUGGGCCUCUCGUCGGAUGACGCUUACCGGUACGUCAAGUCUAAACGCCCCAGCAUCUCGCCAAACUUCAACUUCCUUGGCCAGCUCUUGGAGUACGAGCGUGAGCUACGUGGUGAAUCUGUUCUGCGGACAGGGGGUGCCGCUAGUGCACCAGUGCCAGUGGAGAGGCCCCCCGGCUGCUGCGAGGAACCUCGGCAGCAGCCCCGCGAGGGGGAACGGCCUCCCCCCCUCGUGCGUCCUGCCGCAGACCCACGGUGGUCGCUUUGCCGGCUGAGCUUGGACUUGCGGGGCUCGAGCACCAGUAGCAACCGACGAGACGUGCAGCGCAGCCGGAGCUGCAACCUACAGAACUGGCCGCUACUCGGACCACACCCGGAGGAGGAAUCGGCACCUGCAUCGUCAUUGUCAGCCACAGACUGCCGACUCCCGGAGCACCAGCAGACGGCACCGGACGAAGAGGAAGAGGUCGUCCUGCGUAGGCGACACAAGGCAGGCAACUUUGAGCCACGCAGGGACACUCGCAGCCACGACAGUGCUUACAGGUCCCUAACCUUGGAAGACAUGGCUGAACUGGAAGCAGCAGCCAGUGCUGAGGCCGCGGAUGCUGCAUGUCCUUUGGCACCCCCUCCCCUUCCGCUGAGUCCCCUGAGUCCCUCGGAGAGCCACCUGCUCCAGGACUUUGCCUCCUCCCCACCUGCAGAUAGCUGCUGCCCUGCAGAGAGUCUGUGGGGCCGGUCAGUCGAGCUCGAAGGUUCCCAUGACUCCGGCGUCACCAGUGCCUCGUCCGGUUCUUUCUGGGGUGCUCCGUUGCGGGCGCCAUCAUGUUCCUCCUCCUCCUCUUCGACAUCCUCGUCCACCUCUUCUUCUUCGUCAUCACUGGCGGCGGAUGCCGGCUUCCACGGUGGCGAGUGCAGCGCCUCGGGCUUCUCUUCGUCGUCGCGUGUGCUGCCGCGAGCCCAGUCGUGUCCCGUCAUGCUGGGUGGCUGGCUGCGCAGGGCCUCGAGUCUUGACGAGUUCCCUCCCUGUUCUUCGUCAUCGCACGCUGCGGCGCUGGCACGGCCACGUAACCGCUACAGCUGUGGCAGCCUCGAGGCCGUGCUCGGCGAAGCGGGGGCCUCGGUCGCCGCCAUCUCCGUGUCAUCGUUGCGCGAAGCCGCUGCCCGGCGCCAGACGCCGUACUCACGCCGCUCAGCCAGUCUCAUCCCAGUCUCGUGACGGCGGCCCGCACCGCGGCCGCGAAGCCUAAUGACGGCCGCGGCAUCGCCGGCGCGAGCCCUCACUGGCGACGCAAUCGGACUGCUGCUGGCGGCCGCCGCCGCUGCGCUGGCCUGGGCACUGGCGGGACUCGCGACGCUCGUCUGAUUGGCGGCGUCUGCACAAGGAAAAGGGGAGCUUGCUUGAAGAGUGGCCACAAAAGAAGAAAGAGUGGAGGAGUGGAUGGCUACAGAUGACCAGGAAAUCUGUUCAAGUGAAGUCUCGCAACCUCGAUUGGCUCUGCAAUGCAUUCUUGCACAGCUUUCAACUGAUUGCAUAUGUGCGAUGAGACUGAGCUUGUACACGGCACCACGGCUUCGGCUUCCUGAUCUGAGGAGCCGCAACCUUUGUAGCUGUACUGCUAUAGAAAUAACUGAUUGGCAUGAGUGCAGCAUGCUGGCCAGCCACGUACAUCGUCGCGUGGAGAAAGGAGUAAAAGGCUUCAACGUACAAGGCAACAAACAGUCGGAACCCAGUGAAAGCAAGAGUGCUCCGAGGUCUUCUGGCAACCGGUACUGCAGGACAGUUGUCUUUACAGCCAUGCAGAUGUUCGGUCACGACAGCCUAAGUUGCCGAGUGUGUUAGCAGCGUUACCUGGUUGCGCCAGAGAAUGCUGAAAGACUGUUUCUUCCACUUUUAGUUCUAGCUUUAUGACAAGCAGUAUGGCUUCUCUUUCAGAAUGCCGACUUUUCCGACAUCCUCAACCACAUAUCUUUCUGCUGUGUAGCUCUCCUGUCGCUUUUUGAGAACUGUUGGCCAGUGGGAACCUUACACAUCUAAAGCACUAGAGUAUGCAAAAUAUAAUGCCUUGACUAGAGGGCAUAUUGUAGGGUGCCACGACUCCAGGAGAGCAAUCCUGCACCAAAGAUCCUUCUCGUCAUGUAAAUAACAUGGCACUAGGCCUAUUGCAAAUUUAAUGCUUGAAUGCGCAUGACUGAACCUUGCGAUAUUAGAGCAAUUUCCACACACGAAAAGUGCGUCUUCUUGGUGGUUUAUUGUAUUCUUGAUUGCUUUGAUGAAAUCAUCACAUGGGGAAAAAAAUGGCAGCGUAAGCUUUGGGCCUUGCACGUUCGUGUAAGGAAGAUGCCCCGACAGUUGCCACAGAGUGCCCAGAAGUAGUGCACAGCAAGUAGAUAUAUUUUGAUGCCCAUAUCCAUGUCUGCCAUAGGAUACCUUUAAAACACAUGUGUGAAGCUGCAUCCUAAUGCAUGCUACCAGGAAAUGCAAACUGUAUUGCUGUCAUUGUGCAUCUUCCUGGACUCUUUGCUUCCAUGCUGUGGGUGUAAAAUGUUUCACACUGAUGCAAAAGCGGCAGCGUGCUCUUCCAUCUACUUCGUCUUGUCUCCGACUCUGACAUCAAAAGUCAAAACACGGCAGAGCCACUGAUGCCUGUGGGAGCAAUGAGAAACGAAUGUGACAUUGCUUAUGAGCUAUCAUGUACCGCAAAACCGAUUUACAGUGGUGACAGGGCCAGAGCAGUGCUGAGGGCACGUAUUAUCUGUGGCACCAUGCCAGCUGUCUAUUCUCUGCUGAAGUCUUUCAAGGCACACAUCACCUUUCUUGCUGAUCUUGGCUAAUUCAUCUGCCUACCUUUCGCACUUGAGUCUGCUCUUCCGGUGCAUAUUGUGGCAGCCUAGAUGGUGCAGUCUUCUGAGAAUGGCGAGCGGGUGUUGCACGGGGUACCUAAUGUUGAGACUGACUUUUAUACUAGAUGUCGCUGUGAAUGCAUGGCUUGUCCCCCUGCGUCCCACUCACUUAUGUGUGCCCAUCCUCCUGUUUUGUGAACCGUGUCUUGUCGAGAGAAUGAGUGGUUUUCGGGGCAGGAGCCAUGCACUAAGAAAAGUCUUUACCCCUGCUCCAAAGAAGACGUCUUGCCAAAGCCACUGUGGCUCCUGGCUUACCUGAUGGGGGGACAACGUGAAAUGUCAUGUUUCCCCUGGCAAUGUACAAAUAGUUUUUCCUUCCCUUCACCAAACAACCUUUUUGUGUCUGUAACAUGUAUUGCACUUGUUUUCUUUCAUGGCAUGGGCCUCCCUGAGACAGAAGGCCUCUGUAGUGCUAGGCAUGUAGAGAUCUAUCCCCGAGCGGUAUUUAUUGAAAAACUAGUCGAGCAAGUUUAGGAGCAUCCUAGACCCAGCUUCAAAUCUGUCUUCCUAUAUAGUUACACCCUGCCCCUACCCGGGAGUGGUGCGGUUUUCCUUUUGUUCUCAUCCUUGUUGUUGUUGUUUUUUGGGAGUGAAAUGUGCAUCUUGUCAUCAUGUCUGGCGUAUUAUGCACAUUGGGGAUGUUUUCAGGCCACGCAGACUGGCAUGGCCAGCUUAUCCAAUGUCAAUGCCAGCAGCAAGCUAGGCAGGAGAAACGAGGAAAAACUUCAGAAUGAGUGGCCAUAGUACCGGCCAAGGCCACCUAUCAAAUAGCACAGCUUUUUCUUUAUUUCAUGUUUUGGGAAACAUUGCGGAUUGAUUUUACUAGCUACCAGAGACCUAUCAAACAAAAACCAGCUUGAAAGCGUCAGUUGCAUGCUUUUUUGUAAAGGCUAAAAAAAAAGAAAAGCCAGCAGAAAAGGAAGUAUUAUUGAGCCUGGUGCUGAAUCCAUUUUUUUUGCCUCCCUUAUUUUUCUGAAAAUUUCGCUGCUUUUACCAUCAUAUACAUAUAUAUAGCUGGGAUCCCGCCAGCUCUAUAGAAUUUUUGAGCUCGUCAGUCAUAGCAAGCAUUGCUCUUGGCAUGAUCUGUUGCUCAUAACCCAUAUGUAUGCACUGCCACAGCUCUCGUGCUUUUGCAUUUGGCUUGUCUGUUUCGUGCUAACCACCCGUUCAUACAUUUAACCACAUUGACAAGGCUGUAAGCUUUCCACCAUUGCCUAGUGCCACAGCUACUUUGCAAAACAGUGAGCCUAUGUGCUACCUCCAGUGUAACUUCAAAUCAGGGUGUUAAUAGUGAAGGAUCAGGCAAAAAUGUUUGCCAGUCAUAGCGAGACAGAGAUUCAAUUUCUUUCUUUGCUCUCACUUAUUACCAUUUGACCUUUUCGUGUACGUGUAUUGUAUGGUACAAUAGGGAUCACGUGAGCCUAAACUGUCAAAUGAAAUCUCCAAACCCGGUUCAUAGUUUUACAAAGUGUCCAUAGCUGCAUAUCCUGGCAUUCGUGCUUGCCAAAGGGAACACCUUUAUGUUGUCAUAACCUGACCAGCUUUGCUUAAGCCUCGGAAUUUAUACAAUUUUAUAUGAAUUUCGUAGGAAAAUAGGUCAUCGGCCUUUUAUUUUGCUAUCUUUGCGGACAAGGAAUUUUGCUUUUGUUUGGCACUGUUCAAGUGCUGAGUUUGGCGUGCUUGGUUCUCAGCUAGCUCAUAAAGUUGUCUCCGUCAUGUUUCGCAGCAGAACAGAAUCAAGCCAGUUGCAGUAAUUGCAGCAGCAUCAUCGCAUGAGUAUGGCAAUAUCAGGCAAUUGAAGUCCACCUUUUGGUCGUGUAAAGUGGGGGCACUAAAAUCGCAGGCAACUUUAUUGUCUAAUGAACUGGAUCCCUACAGCUUCUGUGCACUGUUAGAUGUAUGUAUACACAGAAGCAAAAUUAGUUCCUGGAUUAAAAAAUGAUGAGAUAGUGUGGUUUCAAUUUUUCGUGUAAGUGAACAUGUUGGUAUGCUAAUGUAUGCCGCACAUUUACGAACGCACAUGUACUGGUUGUGUGUUCAUAAUGUGUAGGUCACAACCAACUAGGUCAUCUAAGAGCAUUAAUCUUCAAAUUCCGUGUGAGCCUCCAACUGGUUGUGCAUCUUACUCAAUUGAAGGUAGCUGGAUGUUCAAGCCAUGGACACAAACAACAGUGCGCGACACAUUUCCUAUGUAAUUUCCUUAUAUGUAAUGUCCUGCUCUUUGUGUGUUUCGCGUGAAGGUUCGGCCAUUUUCAAGUGAAGAAGCAUGACUGACAGAGAGAGGCAUUCCUUGAAAGUUUAAAAUUGUGAAUACGCGUAACUUUGUAGGCAGACUCUGUUGUGCUCUGCAACUUUUUCGUUGCUUGUUGCACUUAUGAGAACCAACGCCUUCUAUCAACUGCUCGCUUGUUGACGUGUGGUCGGGUGACACCCGUGCAAUGUGCGCUUCCGACCGGAGCGCCCCCUACGCAGGAAGCGUAUGCUACUACUUGUGUGCAAUCAAAGCUGCUGCCCAUGGGUGGUAAUCGUUUGGUCAUGUCGGGGGUGAAUUUUCCCUGGAGAGUGCAUUAUUUAGACCUCUGUUAAGUUUUUCCUCCUUCUCUGCUGCACAUACACGCAGUGUUUGUCUAGUGCCUUGUGCUGUGUGUCCACUGACUGUGUAGCGCCGAACUGCCAUAAGCAUCUGUAUUGUGCACGCUGUACCAAAUGUGAACACGCCAGUGGGUUCCGCACCGCCUCCCCCAUCUAUGGCCCAGGUGCGUAGUGUCUGUGUGGGAAUUGCAAAAGGAGCAAGCAUAUCAACUGCAAAUUGUUUUUGGAACUCUCAUUUGACCUGUCACAGGCAGGCGUAUUUGGCUGUGUCUUUGGUGCCGAGUGUAGCUGGUGAAAUACAUGUGUACGGAAUGCUGUCAUCGGUGCGUGGCACUUGACAGAUGCGUCGCGUGCACAUUUCCUGUGUGGUUUCCUUUUGAUGCCUGCCAUCCGUCAUGCAUUGGUCCUCUUUCCUAGAGGCCUGAUGGUAGUUGAGGCUAGAUGGUUUACAAUCGUGCAACCUUCCAGUUGUCGCGAGCCGGUGAUGGUGCUGCCGGCAGUUUUUCUUUUGUUCGAAGUGCAGGAGAGUUGCGCUUGUGUUGGGCAUUUGGCUGAUCGCCCAGAUGAGAAAUAAAGCGCUGGUGGCCUCCCUGA